ACUAACAAGUGUCAGCUAGACGAACUACUUGGCUGUUUUAAUCGAACGAUUUGUGAUUGUAUUGAAAAAGUAAAUCAAGAAUUCUAGAGUUCAACAAAUUUUCCGAAUGACGUAGAAAAAAUAAAGUUGACUUAAAAGGAUUAUUUUUUAUGAGAAACAAUUUUUUUUCGCAUAAGAGUGCAGAUUAUUGGUGUCGCAUUAAAAUAAUAAACAUUGAUUCUAUUUCAUUAGAAACAUCGUUUUAUAAAAUAAUUGUCGGAGAAUAUUUUUUAUACAAAAAAAAGCACAGUGAAUGCAGUAUUUAAAAAGUAAAACAAAGUUGCAGAUAUGUUCCAAUGGACAUACGAAGGUGUAAACAGUUCAAUACCACGCAAUCAAGGGCCAGAAUGCGCUUAUUAUUUAAGUACGAAACGAAAAAUAAUUGAAACAUUUUUUGUAUCGUUAUUUAUAUUAUUUUGCCUAUCGUGGGGCUUGAAACGAAUGAAAUUGCCAAAACGUGUACCUUAUGUUAAUCAAGAUAGAACUGGUAAACAUGUUUUAUUGGUUUUAAUGUCCCUUGUAUUGGGAAUGGAAAUAGGAUUUAAAUUGACUAGUCGAACAUUUAUUUAUUUUAUGAAUCCUUGUCAUAUGCACACAUUAGUUCAGAUAUAUUUAUUAGCAGCACCACCAAGUCCAAUGGUAACAGCUGUAUUUAGGGUACAAAUUUAUUAUCUCAAUGGACCGUUAUUAGCUUUCUUAUUCCCAGAGACUGAUUCCCGAUAUAUAUUUGCUGAUAAAGCGUGUUAUUACAUCCAACAUGGAUUAAUGAUUGUGAUUCCUUAUUAUUUAUUAAGGCUAGGAGGAGUUUAUAAUGUUGAAUCUCUCACUGACAUGAGUUGGCCAAUAUUUAGUUAUGGUCUGAAUCUCGUUUAUCACUUUUGGAUUUUACAACCAGCUGCUCUGCCAGUGCAAGUAAAUUUAAAUCACAUGCUGUGUCCCGCAGUCUUGGAUCCAUUUGAAGGGCAAUAUUAUCGUCUCUGGGCGACAACACAUCAAGCCCUAUUGUGCCCUGUUCUUGGGAAGGUAUUUUGCCUGCUAGCAAACUUUUUUCUAACCAAAUUCCCAGUGACAAAAGUGAAACCAUCACUCGAUUACCCAAUAUCACGAAAAGAAGACGAUUCUACGAAAAGUGAAUCUCAAUUAUUAAGUGAUGGCGACAUUAAUGGACGCACUCAUAAUGAUUAAUUUUUCAAACUCACAAAUGGAAUUUAUCUACAUAUAUGAAAAAAUUAACUCAUCAAUAUUUAUCAAUUUUCAAUCUUCUGUGAUUUUUAAAAUCUUUAAUCACGUAUAGAAUUCGCUAGUUCAUUGCGAUUAAAAAAAAAAUAUUUUUUUAAAUAUAUCUUAGACUUGUGGAAGAAAGAGUGAAUAUCUCUUUACUUUCUACAGCAUUUACAGAAAAAAAUCUAUGUUUUAUUUGUUUCGUUUAAUAUUUUAGCUAGUCAACAUUGUUAUGUAAAUAAUUGAAAAUUGAUGUAAAAAAACAAAAAGCCAGUAUACACAAAGAACCUUUUUUAAAAUGAAUUAUAAAAAUCUUAUAGAUUCUAAGAUUAAAAAUUUAGAUAAAUGCAAUUAAUAUUUAACAAAAAUAUCAUCUUUCCGAGAAAUUAAUUUUCUGGAAACAGAACAAAAUGUACCUUGAAAAGCAUUAUUUUUUCAAAGUAAACUCCUAGUUAUAUAUAAUACGUGUAUAAAAAAAAGCCCAUAAAUGGAUUAUUUUCUCGUCAGAAAAAUUUAUAAAUAUUUAGAGCAAAAAAUUUCAGGGAACAACGAUAAGUGAUGUUUAGUAUAAUUCUAAUAAUUGCAUAUUCUAUGUUUGUUAGUAAAAGAAAAAAAAUUAUUUUACAUUGCAAUUUUUUUUUAUUAUUAUUAAUUUUCUCCACAUUUAUAUUGAUUUAUCUUGCCAAUUUCUAACUUAAGAGUUAGUAAUAUAAAGUAAUCUUCCAUACAAGAAAAAAAGUGUCAAGAGUAAUCAAUUUGUGGUAAUAUUUCACACUCGCUCUCUCUGUCUCUCUUACUAUCUCUCUCUUUAUGUAUACGUAUUAUAUUUAUA